UACAAAAUGAUCCGGACUCCUUGGGUCCCUUCUCCCUACAGCAUGGCGAAGAACAAACUUCUUAAUCCAAGUCUAACUUUCCUCCUCCUGGUCCUGGUGCGCAUAGCCACUGGAAACCCGCAAUAUAUGGUGCUGGUCCCCUCGCUGCUCCAUACUGAGACCCCCGAGAAGGGCUGCCUCCUUCUGACUCACCUGAAUGAGACAGUGACUGUAAAGGCUUCCUUGGAAUCCAUCAGGGGAAACAGGAGCCUCUUCACUGACCUUACAGUGGAGAAGGACUUAUUCCAUUGCAUCUCCUUCACAAUCCCAAGAUCUUCAGCCAGUGAAGAGGUAGUGUUCCUGUCUGUCGAAGUGAAAGGACCAACCCAAGAGUUCAAGAAGAAAACCACAGUGUUGGUUAAAAAUGAAGAGAGUCUGGUUUUUGUCCAGACAGACAAACCUAUCUACAAACCGGGGCAGACAGUGAAGUUUCGUGUGGUCUCACUGGAUGAUAAUUUUCACCCCCUGAAUGAGUUGAUUCCACUAGUCUAUCUUCAGGACCCCAAAGACAAUCGCAUCACACAAUGGCAGAAUAUCAAAUUAGUUACUGGGCUCACGCAGUUGUCCUUCCCCCUCUCGUCAGAGCCCUUCCAGGGCUCCUACAAAGUGGUGGUACAGAAGGAAUCAGGCAGCAGGAUAGAGCAUCCCUUCACUGUGGAGGAAUUCGUGCUUCCCAAGUUUGAAGUACAAGUAACAAUGCCAAAGAUAAUCACUAUCUUGGAAAAAGAGAUUAAUGUGUCAGUGUGUGGCAUAUAUACCUAUGGGAAACCUGUUCCAGGACAUGUAACUCUGAAGGUAUGCAGAAAUUAUGCUAGGCCUUCUGACUGCUAUGGUGAGGAGUCGCAGGCACUGUGUGAGAAAUUCAGUCAGCAGCUAGACAGUCAUGGCUGCUUCUCUCAGCAACUAAAGACCAAGAUCUUUCAGCUGAAGAGGCAAGAGUAUGAAAUGACACUUAGAGGAGAGGCCAAAAUCCAAGAAGAAGGAACAGAGCUGGAAUUAACUGGAACUGGGUUCAGUGAUAUUACAAAAAUCAUAACCAAACUCUCAUUUGUGAAAGUGGAUUCAAAUUUCAGACAAGGGAUCCCCUUUUUUGGACAGGUGCUCCUAAUGGAUGGCAAAGGUGUCCCCAUGCCAAAUAAACUAGUCUUCAUCCAGUCAAAUGAAGCUAACUAUCACUCCAAUGCCACUACCGAUGAGCACGGCCUGGUGCAGUUCUCCAUCAACACGACCAGCGUUACGGGUACCACUCUAACUGUCAGAGUCAAACACAAGGAUCAUAGCAGAUCCUGUUAUGGCUACCAAUGGCUGUUUGAAGAAAACCUAGAAGCAUACCACACCAUUUAUCGUGUAUUCUCCCCAAGCAACAGCUAUGUCCACCUUGAGCCCAUAGUUCAUUCACUGCCCUGUGGUCAAACUCAGAUGUUCCAGACACAUUAUAUUAUGAAUGGACAGAUCCUGAAGGAUUUCAAGGAACUCGUCUUCUAUUACCUGAUUAUGGCAAAGGGAGGCAUUGUCCGAACUGGAACUCAUGUACUGCCUAUAGAGAAUGGAGACAUGACAGGUCAUUUUUCUGUGUCAAUCCCUGUGGAGGCAGACAUUGCUCCCACCGCUCGGUUCCUCAUCUACACUGUUUUACCUGAUGGAGAAGUGGUUGGGGAUUCUGCAACAUAUGAGGUUGAAAACUGUCUAGCCAACAAGGUGGAUUUGAGUUUCAGCCCAGCACAAAGUCUUCCUGCCUCAAACACCCACCUGCGAGUCAAAGCUUCUCCUCAGUCCCUCUGUGCCCUCCGUGCAGUGGAUCGAAGUGUGUUACUCCUGAAACCAGAGGCUGAACUCUCCCCAUCCUCGGUUUAUAACCUGCUCCCAGUAAAGGACCUCACUGGCUUCCCACAGAGUUUGAAUCAGGAGGAAGAUGAUGGGGACUGUGUCAAUCAUCACGUCUUCCUUCAUGGAAUCAUGUACAGCCCAGUACCAAACACAAAUGAAAAAGAUAUGUAUAGCUUCCUACAGGAUAUGGGUUUAAAGGCAUUCACCAACACAAAGAUUCGUAAACCCAGAAUAUGCCCACAGCCUGAACAGUAUACAAUGUUAGCUGCUCCAGGAGUUGCCUACGGACUGCGAAGAGCCCAAAACUUGAUGGAGGUCGAAUAUGAUACAGACGCUUCAGAGUCGUACACAGAGACAGUGCGAAAAUAUUUCCCUGAGACAUGGAUCUGGGACUUAGUUGUGUUAAGCUCAUCGGGUGUGGCUGAAGUAGAAGUAACAGUUCCUGAUACCAUUACUGAGUGGAAGGCUGGAGCCCUCUGCUUGUCCAAUGACACUGGACUUGGUCUCUCUCUUCCUGCUACUCUGCAAGCCUUCCAGCCGCUCUUUGUGGAGCUCACAAUGCCCUACUCUGUGGUCCGUGGUGAGGCCUUCACACUCAAAGCCACUGUCUUAAACUACCUGCCCAACUGCAUCCGGGUCCAUGUGCAGUUGGAAGCCUCUCCUGAAUUCCUAGCUAUUCCCGUGAAGCAGGAACAAGCAUCUCACUGCAUCUGUGGAAAUGAACGGCAAACUGUGUCUUGGGCAAUAACCCCCAAGUCAUUAGGAAAUGUGAAUUUCACUGUGAGUGCAGAGGCACUGGAGUCUCAAGAACUGUGUGGGACUGAGAAGACUGUGGUUCCUAAACAGGGAAAGAAAGACACAAUCAUCAAGCCUCUAUUGGUUGAACCUGAAGGAAUAGAGAAGGAAGCCACGUUCAACUCCCUGCUCUGUCCAUCAGGUGCUGAGGUGUCUGAAAUAUUAUCCCUGAAAGUGCCACCAAAUGUAGUGAAAGAGUCUGCCCGAGCCUCUGUGUCAGUGUUGGGAGACAUAUUAAGUUCUGCCAUGCAUAACACACAAAAUCUCCUCCAGUUGCCUUAUGGCUGUGGAGAACAGAACAUGGUCCUCUUUGCUCCUAACAUUUAUGUUAUGGAUUAUCUGAAUGAAACACAGCAGCUGACUCCAGAGAUCAAGUCUAAGGCAGUCGGCUACCUCAUUGCUGGUUACCAGAGACAGCUGAGCUACAAGCACCAUGAUGGUUCCUAUAGUACCUUUGGAGAGCAAUACGGCAGGAAUGAGGGAAAUACAUGGCUCACAGCCUUUGUAUUGAAGACUUUCGCCCAGGCUCGACACUACAUCUAUGUGGAUGAACAACAUAUUACCCAAGCCCUCACCUGGCUCUCCCAGAAGCAAAAGGACAAUGGCUGCUUUAGGAGCUCUGGGUCACUGCUCAACAAUGCCAUUAAGGGUGGAGUUGAUGAUGAAGUGACCCUUUCUGCCUAUGUCACCAUUGCCCUUCUGGAGAUCCCUCUGCCAGUCACUCACCCUGUUGUCCGCAAUGCUCUGUUCUGCCUGGAAUCAGCCUGGAAGUCAGCCCAGGAUGGCGCCCAUGGUAGCUAUGUCUACACCAAGGCACUGUUGGCCUAUGCUUUCACCUUGGCGGGUAACCAGGACAAAAGGAAAGAGGUACUCAAGUCACUUGACGAGGAAACUGUGAAGGAAGAGAAUUCCAUCCACUGGGCAAGACCUCAGAAACCCAAGGCACCAAUGGAGCACUUUUACCAACCCCAGGCUCCCUCUGCUGAGGUGGAGAUGACGUCCUAUGUGCUCCUUGCUCACGUCACCACCCAGCCUGCCCCAACUUCGGAGGAGCUGGCUGCUGCAUCACGCGUCGUGAAAUGGAUUACCAAGCAACAGAAUUCCCAUGGGGGCUUCUCCUCCACCCAGGACACAGUGGUGGCUCUGCACGCCCUGUCCAAAUACGGAGCAGCCACUUUCUCCAGAACUGACAAAGCUGCACAGGUGACCAUUCAGGGUUCGCAGACCUUUUCCAACACUUUCCAAGUGGACAACAACAACCGGCUGUUGCUACAGCAGGUCUCAUUGCCAGAGGUGCCUGGGGAGUACAGCACCAAAGUAACAGGAGACAGAUGUGUUUAUGUCCAGACAUCCUUGAAAUACAAUGUUCUCCCAGAGAAGGAAGUGUCCCCAUUUGCUCUGAAGGUACAGACUUCGCCCCAAACGUGUGAUGGAAACAAGGCUCACACCAGCUUCCAGAUCACAGUGAAUGUCAGUUACACUGGAAGCCGCCCUGUCUCCAACAUGGUGAUUGCUGAUGUGAAGAUGGUGUCUGGUUUCAUUCCAAUGAAACCAUCAGUGAAAAUGCUUGAAAGAUCUAGCCAUGUGAGCCGGACAGAAGUCAGCAACAACCAUGUCUUGAUUUACCUGGAUAAGGUGACAAAUCAGACAGUGAGUUUGCCCUUCAUGGUCAUGCAGGACAUUCCUGUAAAAGAUCUAAAACCAGCUAUAGUGAAAGUUUAUGAUUACUAUGAAACAGAUGAGUUUGCAAUUGCUGAGUAUGAUGCUCCCUGCAGCAAAGGUAAACAAUUAGCACUCCUUGUAAAUGCAGUCAGUAUCUCUUUGGCUCGGUCCCAAAUCUCCAACUCCAUAGACUCAGCCCUGUCAUGA